AUGUGUGCCUUCAGUCUCUUACUGUCAGCGCGAGCGAAGGUUGUUUUGGCCAAACAGCGAUCACAUUCCGUUACUCAGUGUAGCAACAACAACAACGAGUGCUACCACAAAAGCUGUCAUCUAAAGGCUAUAAAGACUAGCAUCAUCAUCAUCGUCACAGCAGCAGCAGCAGCAGCAGCAGCCACUAUGCCAGCAACAAAUGCCGCCGGCUCCUCUGCCGUGUCGUCAACGGGCUAUUCGCAGCUCACUGCCAUCAGCGAAAUCAGCGAACUGCAUCAAUUGCGUGAUUUAUACCGUCGUGAUUGGCCUGCCCACUGUGUGGGCUACUAUUGUCUGAGCAAUUUCAUUGACUGGGUGGAGAAGCGCCAGCGACUGAGCUCAGUGGCGGAUAUGAAAAAUCUGCAGAUUUUCACACUGAACAACGAUUGGCAUGGCGAUGGACUUUUUUUGAUUGUGGACCGUUAUCAGCUAUUUGUGAAUUCACUGCUGUCCAGCGAAGAACGCGAGCGCUUGACAACCGCUUUAGCGCUGCUCAACUGGGCUUGGCCGGGCUUUAAAGUGAGCUCCUUCCGGGAGCGCCAUCGCCCGUCGGUGCUGAGUGUCGUGCGUGAGAAGCAGUUAAAAGUUGAGUACGACAGCUUAACCCUUAUGUACUACCAGCCACGGCAAGAAGUGCUACAGCUGCCGUUAAGCUGUCCAGAUGGCUAUGUACUACGUCCUUUAAAUGCCGCAACGGAUGCCGACUUAAUCGAUACACUUUGGCCAAAUCGUCAUCAGGGUUCACGCUUCGUGAUUAAGCGGCUGAUCGAAUGGAACGCGAAUAUGGGCGUCUACACCGCAGACAGCGGUGAGCUGGUGGCAUGGUGCCUGCGGCUUCAAGGUGGCUUUCUGGGCGCCUUGCAGGUGAAGGAAAACUACAAACGCCGCGGUUUGGGUAGCCUGGUUGCUGCGGCCACGGCGCGUCGUAUAGCCGAGGAGGGUGACGAUGUAAUGGCGCUAGUGAACAAGGAUAAUCGCGCCUCGCGUGCCACCUUCGACAAGCUGGGAUUCAAGGUGAUCGAUAAUUGCUAUUGGCUGCGCACUUUUCCCACAAGCGACGUCGAACGCGCGUGGCCAGAUGGCGAGUAGGCAGUCUUUUAUUCACUGAUGGGGGUGUAUUGUACUGUAUAUGAAUGAGCCAAAAGAUAUAAUUGAAUAAAGUUGAAAUGGAAUUAUUAAUGAAACUA